GUGCAAUUUCCAUGUUGGGGUUUUUUUGGGUAAUUCCAUCUUGGGGGUUCACUUGCUGCAAAACCUAAGAAAGUAAAAAACUAUUUCGCAUUUUCUUGCACAAUUUUCACUUUCAAUGGCAACCUCCAAACCCAAUCCACGAAACACUACUUGUACUACUACUAUUUCAUCUCCUUUCACUGGCCUUCCCAAGUUGAAUUGGUGGGGACUUGUUGAUCUCUACCAGUGGGAGGGCUUCUGGUACCAAGAUAUUGUUCUGGAAGCAGCCAUGGCUGCCAAAUCAAGCUUCACCGCGCUCGAUGACGACGUUUUCGUAGCCGCCUCCCCCAAGACUGGCUCCACUUGGCUCAAGGCCCUUGUUGCCUCCAUCAUCCACCGCGGUGGUGGUGAUGGUGGUGGUGACUGCGAAGGCGGCGAUGAAGAUGAUGAGGAUGCAGAUGAUCCCUUGAGAUACCACCACCCCAACGACCUCGUGCCGUCUUUAGAACUACAGGUUUGCAGAAAAAAUGGAAAGUUUGAUCUGCCAAACAUGGCCUCUCCACGGCUCUUCCAAACCUAUGUCUCAUACUCUCUCUUACCAGAAUCAAUCAAAGACUUCAAGCUGUAAGAUUGUGUAU